AUAAAGUGCAGGCAGGGGAAGGCAGAGGUAGGAGGACGGGAGGGAGAACCGUUAGCCGUUAGCCGUUAGCCUCCUUCUACUCCUCCUUCUUCAUCGCGUGAACGUUGUUGUGUUUGUUUCGUGCCCUCCUGUCCUCCCCUCUCCUCUUCUUCUUCUCCUCUCUUCUCUUCUCUUCUCCUCCUUUUUCUCGUCUCCUACUUUCUCCCGAUGAGUUCCUAUUUUGUCAACUCCUCUUUCCCGGUGACGCUACCGGGAACGGGUGGAGGCGGCCAGGCGGCGGAGUCGUUCCUGGGUCAGAUCCCGCUGUACUCGUCGGGAUACGCCGCCGACCACCCGCUCAGGCACUACCCGGGGGCAGCGGCCGUUACCGCUGCCGCGGCCGUGGCUUACGGUGCGAGCGGCGGCGGCGUGCACCAGGAGAAACCGUACGCUGCGUCCACCUACGACCAGCAGGCGGCCAACGGAGCAUAUAGCGGGCACCGGGCGGCUGCAGCAGCGGCGGGAGUCAGUGUAGGGGGUGCGACCGGAGCCGGUGCGUGCGACUACGCCACGGCGGCGGCGGCAGCUGCGGCUGCAGCGGCGGCCACAAGCUUCUACCGGGACAAGGAACACCCGUGCAGCCUGGAGGAACACCAGCUCGCGCUAAGCCAGGACGGCAUGCACCGUAAAGCGGAGUGCGCGGGGCUGAGUGGGAAGGGGCUGUUCGGUGAAACGAUGGACGACAAGCAAGCGGCGUCAGCCCCCAUUUAUCCGUGGAUGCAGCGGAUGAACGCGUGCAACGGCACUUUCGGUAGCCCCGGGAGACGCGGCCGGCAGACGUACACGCGCUACCAGACGCUCGAGCUGGAGAAAGAGUUCCACUUCAACCGGUACCUCACGCGACGGCGGCGGAUCGAGAUCGCGCACGCGCUCUGCCUCACGGAGCGGCAGAUCAAGAUCUGGUUCCAGAACCGGAGGAUGAAGUGGAAGAAGGAGAACAAGCUGAUCAACUCCUCUUCUUCCUCGUCCUCCUCCUCUUCCUCCACGGUGAACGGAGCAGAGGAAGAAGAGAAACGGACGGACUGAAAGAGAAGGGAAAAAAAGAAGUAAAGAAACUGAUGUAAGGAGCAUAAAGAGGAAGAGGAGAAUGGGUGAAAAGACAUGGUGGUUGUUUCCUCCCCGUCCCCGUCUCAAAGUUCGUCCAGGCGUCUGUCUGGUGUGAAAACUCUGGGAAAAAAAACGUAGCCAACAUAUUCUUUUCUUUUUUUUAUCUGAGGAGGGGUGAGGGGAAAAAAACACAGGGAGAAUAUCAUCCCUUUUUGAUCCCUCUAAUGUCACCGCCCGCCUAAAACGUGUAUCCAACUUCUUCUGUUGGCUGUAUUGUCUGGUCUGAAAGUUGGAAAAUAAUGUGUGUAAAAAAAAAAAAAAAAAAUAUUGAGAACGAAGCGCGAGGCUGUGGAAAGAGAGGAUGAAAUGGA